AUGGGCAAAGAAGAUAAGAAAUUUGCCGUAGGAAUCGACCUUGGUACAACAUAUUCCUGCGUUGCAGUUUGGCUGGAGCAACACAGCAGAGUGGAGAUAAUCCACAAUCAGCAAGGCGAUAAAACCACACCUUCUUUUGUUGCCUUCACUGACAAACAUAGAUUCAUUGGUGAAGUUGCUCGGAUUCAGUCUGUCACCAAUCCAGAAAACACUGUUUUUGAUGCGAAGAGGUUGAUUGGUAGGAAAUUCAGUGAUCCCUUUAUUCAAAAAGAGAAAAUGUUAUGGCCAUUCAAGGUUGGUGCAGGUGCUAACGACAAGCCUAUAAUCGUGGUUAAAUACAAGGGUCAGGAGAAGUUCCUCUGUGCCGAAGAAAUCUCAUCUAUGGUUCUCAUGCAGAUGCGGGAGAUUGCCGAGGCGUACUUGGAAACACCUGUGAAGAAUGUUGUUGUCACAGUGCCUGCUUAUUUCAAUGACUCUCAACGUAAAGCCACCAAAGAUGCCGGUACCAUUGCUGGUCUCAAUGUUAUGAGGAUAAUCAAUGAGCCAACUGCUGCAGCUAUUGCAUAUGGCCUUGACAAGAAGACUAACUGUGUUGGGGAGCGAAAUGUUUUCAUUUUUGAUCUUGGCGGUGGUACUUUUGAUGUGUCUCUCGUCACAAUUCAGAACAAGGUCUUCCAAGUUCGGGCGACCGCUGGAAACACUCAUCUGGGAGGAGAAGAUUUUGACAAUCGAAUGGUGAACUACUUUGUGAAGGAGUUCAACAGUAAGAACAAGGUAGAUAUUAGUGGGAACCCGAGAGCCCUAAGGAGGUUGAGAACUGCAUGUGAGAGGGCAAAAAGGAUACUGUCAUAUGAUAUCACCACAGACAUUGAGUUAGAUGCGUUAUUUAAGGGCAUUGACUUCUGCUUUUCAAUCACUCGUGCAAAGUUUGAGGAAAUUAAUAUGGAGCUCUUUGAAGAAUGUGUGGAGACAGUUGAUAGAUGUCUUAGGUAUGCUAAGAUGGACAAGAGCAGUGUAGACGAUGUUGUGCUUGUUGGUGGUUCUUCCAGGAUUCCAAAAGUGCAGGAACUACUGCGUGACUUCUUUGAUGGAAAGGAUCUGUGCAAGAGCAUCAACCCUGAUGAGGCUGUUGCUCAUGGUGCAGCUGUUCAGGCUGCUUUGCUGAAUGAAGGCAUGAAGAAUGUUCCAAUCUUGGAGCUACUGGAUGUUACACCUCUAUCCCUUGGUAUAAGCACACAUCCAGAUGUCAUGGGUGUGGUCAUUCCCAGGAACACUACCAUUCCCGUGAGCAAGAUAGAAGUAUUCCGCACAACAAACGAUAACCAAUAUAGAGUGCGGAUUGAAGUUUACGAGGGUGAGAGAGCAAGAGCCAGUGAUAACAAUUUGUUAGGUUCUUUUGUUCUUUCUGGAUUUCCUCCUGCUCCUCGUGGUCAUCCUUUGGAUGUAUGCUUUGCCAUAGAUUCAAAUGGUAUGUUAACUGUUUCAGCUGAGGAAAAAACCACUGGAAAUAAGAAUGAGAUUAUCAUAACCAAUGAUAAAGAGAGACUGUCUCCUGAAGAAAUUAUGAAACUGAUUCAAGAAGCUGAGAAUUUUCAGGCGGAAGAUAAGAAAUUCCUUAGAAAGUCCAAAGCAAUUAAUUCUUUGGAUGAAUACGUUUACAAGAUGAAUAAGGCUUUGGAAAAGAAAGAUAUGAUUUCUAAACUUAGCUCAUCGACAAGGGAGAGGAUUAGUUUGGCAAUUAAGAAGGGUACAGAAUUGCUGGAUGGUAAAAAUCAGCAUGAGGAAGCAUAUGUAUUUGAGGAUUAUCUGAAGAAGCUUGAGAGCCUCUAUGAAGAAACAAUAGGCAAGAAUGGGUAGAAGCUUUUCCAAUCUAGAUUUUUGCUGUGCUGAUUUGCCUCCUGC